AUGAAGCAGAAUUCUACUGAGGUAUCAAAUUCCAAAGCUUCAACCACCACGGGCAAACCCAAACUCAUGGAACAUGCAGAACUCUCCUUGGACGCGCCAAUUUGUGGAGCUUCCCCAUUCUCCAUUUCUCCUAAAUGUGUGAUUUCCUUCAUUAGCGAAGCUCUAUCUGUUGUCUUUGUGCUCUUUUUGCAGCUUGUAUUAGCAGCUCAUCUUCUCACUGUUUCUCAAAUUGCAACGUUGCCAACUUCCAAUUGGCUAUGGAAAAUCAUAGAGAAAUCAAACGGCAAGGGCCAGGGAAGAGAGGCUAACCCUAGAAAAACCAACAACUGUCCGCCAGCUAGUUCCAGUGGGAGUGAUAAAGAGACACGCCAAUCAAACAAGAUGGUAAGAGGAAGCAAAGAAACCAAUAACCCUAAAAAACAUGACAACUACAAAGGGGACCGCUUCAAUACUUCCCCCAAUAAUCCCUGCGAAACUGACAAUUUCACUGACCAUGGCUAUGCAACUUAUAACUGCUUUAACAACAAUGGCGAUGGGGAGCAAAAUUACAGCUAUUGUAGGGUUAACAGUCUUGCAAGUACAAAUUCCUACAACAAUAACAAAUCGGGUUUACAAGAUCUCAGUCAUGCAGAGGUUUACACUUCUAGAACUAAAAAUUCCUUUACCAACAGCAGUUUACGCCCACAAACUUUCAGGGGGGCAACGAUUGACAAUCGAGACGAGUCUAACAAGCUCAACGCCAGGGACAACAGUUCUGCAAUUCGUGACACCUACAACAACAAUGGAAACGGAAUCCAAAACUUCGAUGGUUUCCGCAUUUGGCAGGGGAAAGUUAUGGAUGAACACCAAACUGGUAAUUAA